AUGGUUGCAUUCUAUUUUUUCUUCUUCGCCCUCUCCGCCAUCUCUGCCUUCGCUGCCCCCGGCGUUAACUCCGCUCUUGUCCAGCUUGCGAAGCGCGCUAUCACCAGCUCUGAGACUGGCACCAACAACGGCUACUACUACUCCUUCUGGACCGAUAACGGUGGGGAUGUGAGCUACAAGAACGGCAACGGCGGCCAGUAUAGCGUCGAGUGGAAGAAUUGCGGCAACUUUGUCGCUGGAAAAGGCUGGAAUCCCGGCAAUGCCAAGACCAUCACCUACAGCGGCAACUUCAACCCCAGCGGCAACGGCUACCUCUCCCUCUACGGCUGGACCAAGAACCCUCUCGUCGAGUACUACAUCGUCGAGAGUUACGGCGACUACGACCCCUCCAGCGGUGCCACCCAGAUCGGCAGCAUUGAGAGCGACGGCAGCACCUACAAAAUUUACAAAACCACUCGUGUAAACGCGCCUUCCAUUGAGGGCACCUCAACCUUCGACCAGUACUGGUCCGUCCGCGAGAACCACCGUGUCGGCGGCAGCAUCACCGUCCAGAACCACUUCGAUGCCUGGGCUAGAGCUGGUCUGACUUUGGGUACCCACGACUACAUGAUCCUUGCUACGGAGGGAUACCAGAGCAGCGGGUCUUCUUCGAUCACAGUCCAGUAA